AUGGUUAACCUUGAGUAUAAGCUGCAGCUCCGUGCUGGCAUUGAUGCACAGAGAGCGGAACGGGUACGGAAAAGGGAAUUACUUGAAUUCCAAAGGAGUAACCCAGACACCGAGCUACCAAGGGAGUUACUCGAAGUAAUCAUAGACCCUGAUAUUGAGCGUAGGAGACAGAAGGAAGAGGAGGAGAAGGAGGAGCAGUUGCACCGGCAAUUGGCCUCUGAAGAAAGUGGUUUUGUUGACUUUGCAGACCUUGACUACGACAUGAUCCACAGUGCAAGUGACAGUUCGCGUUGUCCUGAUGUCGCAUUGGACGCGCUCGCGCUCGCGUUUGCCGAGAGAGCAAGGAUCGCUUUCGCAGCAAGGAUCGUUUUCGCCAACCGCCUCCAGGCGGUGGUUUGGAAACCAACGAUUACUCCAACCUUGAGCGAAGCGAAAAGUUUGGUCACGACGAUUAAUGGUCAGUUUGUUGAAUCUUAUGUCGUUGCCUUAGUGUUUAAGGACGAUAUUGAGAAUAAGCUUCUGAUAGGCUCUAUGCUAGAACUAUCAGUGAAGCAAGCACCUAGAUAA